GAGAGGCUGGUGCGGACAUCAGUAGCGGGGCUCCUGGCAGUUCAGGCUUCAGAGCGGACCCAGCAAGCGUUGGCCGCGGACAUGACGCCUGAGGACAGGGUAGAGACCCAGCCUCUCCUGCGGCCGCCCGGCGGCAGCGUUCCCCGCGGCCGCCACGUCUUCCUUGCCUCCUUCGCCGCUGCCCUCGGCCCGCUCAGCUUCGGCUUCGCGCUCGGUUACAGUUCCCCUGCCAUCCCGAGCCUGCGGCGCGCCGUGCCGCCGGCCCCACAGCUGGACGACGAAGCUGCUUCAUGGUUUGGGGCCAUCGUGACGCUGGGAGCUGCGGCUGGAGGUGUGCUGGGCGGCUGGCUGGUGGACCGCGCAGGGCGCAAGCUGAGCCUCCUGUUCAGCACCGUGCCUUUCGUGACCGGCUUUGCCGUCAUCACCGCGGCGCAGGACCUAUGGAUGCUGCUGGGAGGCCGCCUCCUCACCGGCCUAGCGUGUGGCAUUGCCUCGCUAGUGGCCCCGGUCUACAUCUCCGAAAUUGCCUACCCGGAGGUGCGAGGCCUGCUCGGCUCCUGUGUGCAGCUGAUGGUCGUCACAGGCAUCCUCCUGGCCUACCUGGCAGGCUGGGUCCUGGAUUGGCGCUGGCUGGCCGUGCUGGGCUGUGUGCCCCCCUCCUUCAUGCUGCUGCUCAUGUGCUGCAUGCCCGAGACCCCGCGCUUCCUGCUGACUCAGCACCAGCGCCAGGAAGCCUUGGCCGCUGCGCAGUUCCUGUGGGGCUCCGAGCAGGGCUGGGAAGAGCCUUCUGCUGGGGCUGAGCACCAGGGCUUCCGCCUGGCCCAGCUGAGGCGUCCUGGUGUCUACAAGCCCUUCGUCAUUGGCAUCUCGCUGAUGGUCUUCCAGCAGCUGUCUGGGAUAAACGCUGUCAUGUUCUACGCAAAGACCAUCUUCGAGGAAGCCAAGUUAAGGGACAGCAGCCUGGCCUCCGUGGUUGUGGGCGUCAUCCAGGUGUUGUUCACCGCCAUGGCGGCCGGCAUCAUGGACAGAGCCGGGCGGAGGCUGCUCCUGGCCUUGUCAGGUGUGGUCAUGGUGGUCAGCAGCAGUGCCUUUGGCGCCUACUUCAAGCUGACCCAGGGCGGCCCCAGCAACUCCUCACUCCUGGUACCCGUCUCCAUGGAGCCGGCUGACGCCAGCGCAGGGCUGGCCUGGUUGGCGGUGGGCAGCAUGUGCCUCUUCAUUGCUGGCUUCGCUGUGGGCUGGGGGCCCAUCCCCUGGCUCCUCAUGUCUGAGAUCUUCCCUCUGCACGUCAAGGGUGUGGCCACCGGCGUCUGCGUCCUCACCAACUGGCUCAUGGCCUUCCUGGUGACCAAAGAGUUCGGCAGCCUCAUGGAGGUGCUCAGGCCCUACGGUGCUUUCUGGCUCGCCUCGGCCUUCUGCAUCCUCAGUGUCCUUUUCACUUUGUCCUGUGUCCCUGAGACCAAAGGAAAGACUUUGGAGCAAAUUACAGCCCAUUUCGAGGGGCGAUGACAGCCCCGUCCCAGGAGUGGCUGCCCCUCCUAGCUGGGCCACUUUGGACUUCGGAGGGGACAGAGCCUGCCUGUGACCUUGAGCUGGGCCCCUGCCAGAGCCCAGAGCCCUGUCUGCCCUCAGGGAGCCAGGAUCCAGGACCAAAGCACCUCGCAGCCUCGUCCUCCAGGUCCCUCCUUCCUGCCCAGGUCUCUCCAGCCCCAUGAGCCAUGGGCAGGAGGUUCCCGGUCCCUGGGUCAGUUCUUGCUGCUGCUCUGAGACUGGGAAGGAGGGGACAUCUCGGAGGGUCUUGGCUGCCCCAUGGCCAGACCUCCACGUGCCCUCGCUGUCAUGACACGAAAGCGACAGUGGAGGAGGGGACUUGUGGCUCCUUGUUCUCUGGAGGAGGUGCCUUUGCAGGCUGGGUGGUGGCCCAUGGUCUCCUCACCGGGCUGCUUUACCAAAAAGGAACUACGUUUGCCAAAUAAAGAUUCAACUCAGAAAA